GUGUCAACUGUCGUUCUGAGCUGAGAUUACUUAAGUAAAAAUACCGGUCAAAGUUCAAUAAAAUUUGAAUAACUCACUGAAAAAAGUAUUCUGCAAUAAAAUAAUAUAGAUAAUACAGUUUGUUUUAAAUUGAAUAUAGGCUAUAAAAGUACUUGACUGAUCAAUAUUAAUUUAAUUUCCAUGAUAAACGUUUCCUAUAAAUUUUAAAGUUUCAAGUGUAUGGCAUCAUGAUCAUGGCAAUCAAUACUAGAACUUUAAUUAAUUCAUUGCUCUAAGGUGUUGGUGUUUCUUUCACAUUUAGCCUAAUUUAGUCGCAAAAUGUUUUUCAUUAACAAUGUUUUUGUAUUUUUAAGUUUUGUUUCGAUGUCAACUUCAAUGAAAAACUUUGAAGAUACUCUGGGACACAUUAACACCAAGUCGAAUGCUGAAACACAACAGAAAGCUGUUGAAGAUUUGAUCAAGAGACUUCUACCUGGCGCAGCAUAUCUGUUCAAAGUUAACAUUGAUCCGCAUUUAUCAGAUCAGAUUGGAAAAGAUAAAUUCACGGUUUGCAAAGUAGCAAAUGAUAUACACGUAACAAUAAGUGCUACAACUGGGGUAGCAGCAGCCUGGGGUUUCCAUCAUUACUUGAAGUACUACUGUCACUGUCAUGUGUCUUGGGACGCUGAUCAGCUCAAACUCCCACAUCUGCUACCGGAAGCCAAUUUCACAGAGAUGGCUAAUGAUCGAUUCCGUUAUUAUCAGAAUGUAUGUACAUCAUCCUAUAGUUUUGUUUGGUGGUCCAAAGAAAGAUGGGUGCGUGAAAUUGAUUGGAUGGCAAUGAAUGGCAUUAAUUUAGCACUAGCCUUCAAUGCACAGGAGGCCAUCUGGAGAGAAGUUUACUUGGAUCUGGGUUUGACUGAGGAAGAAAUCGCUGAACAUUUCACUGGUCCUGCAUUUAGCGCUUGGGGACGUAUGGGAAAUAUAAGAGGAUGGGCAGGACCUCUGUCAUCAGCCUGGCAUAGUAAAUCAAUAGUGCUUCAAAAACUUAUAUUGAAACAGAUGAGAAAUAUAGGUAUCAUUCCUAUACUGCCUGCUUUUGCAGGACAAGUUCCAGUUGCAUUUAAGAGAUUAUUCCCAAAUGCAUCUUUGGAAACUCUACAAAAAUGGAACAGAUUUCAAGAUGAAUACUGCUGCCCAUUGUUACUAUCACCAGAAGACCCGCUCUUUCAAAAAGUUGGAAAACAAUUUUUGAAGAAGUACAUUGAACGAUUUGGUACAGAUCAUGUGUAUAACUGUGACACGUUCAAUGAGAUGACUCCUCCAAGUGGAGAUGUCGACUAUCUCUCUUCAAUUGGAAAAGCAACUUAUAAAGCAAUGACUGUUGCCGAUCCGGAUGCUAUUUGGGUUCUGCAAGGCUGGUUCUUACAUAGUGAUAAUUCAUUCUGGAAUAAACAAAGAGCUGAAGCUUUGUUUACUUCUGUGGAGGCCGGGAAGAUGAUAGUACUUGAUUUACAUGCCGAAUUGUUUCCACAAUAUGAGACUUUUGAUUCGUUCUUUGGUCAGCCAUUUAUUUGGUGCAUGCUUCACAAUUUCGGCGGAACAUUGGGCCUUCAAGGAUCUGCUGAGAACCUAAAUCUGGGUCCAUUCAAAGCACGAAUAUUCGCCAACUCUUCAAUGAUAGGAACUGGUCUCACCCCAGAAGGAAUCAACCAAAACUAUAUCGUUUAUGAUAUCAUGAGUGAAGUGGGAUAUCGUCAGAAACCAAUGGAUUUGAACCUAUGGUUCCAACAAUAUUCUAUAAGACGGUAUGGAGUGGAUAAUAAAUUUUCUAAGGAAAUGUGGACUCUUCUAAAGAACAGCAUCUAUUCUUACAAUGGACCGGUGUCCCUUCACGGAAAAUAUAUACUUGUCCAUCAACCAAGUCUAAAACUCUCCAAAAUUGUUUGGUUUGAUAUUUGUACUGUGGCUGACGUCUGGAAGAAUGCAAUUGCCUCAAUCAACACUUGGCCAUCAAGCACUGCCUUCACAGAAACAUUCAAGUAUGAUGUGGUGGAUAUUACCAGAGAGGCAUUGCGCUUGUUAAUUGAUGAAUCGUAUGAGAGAAUUGUUAGCUAUGUGGAUGCCAAAAACAUUCCACUCUACAAAAAUGAAACCGUAAUAUUCCUGUCACUAAUGCAAAGUAUGAUCGAAUUGCUAUCUUCCCAUGAAAAGUUCUUACUACAGAAUUGGAUAAAUGCAUCUAAAAAUUUGUCUUCAACAGCUGAGGAAUCAGCAAACUUGGAAAUGAACGCACGUAAUCAGAUAACCUUGUGGGGGCCGAAUGGAGAGAUAAAGGAUUAUGCAGCAAAGCAAUGGGCGGGACUCGUGAAACAUUACUACAAACCACGUUGGGAAUUAUUCUUCAAACUAAUUCUUGAAGCUCUUGAAAAUCAUAAGGGUAUUAAUGAGCACAUAAUUCGUGAGAAAAUAUUCAACACGGUCGAAAAGCCAUUUAGUGACUGUAAGACCAUGAUAAACGAGACUUAUACUGGAAAUCCGAUCGAAACUGCAAAGAAAACGUUUCAGCAAUGGCAGAAUAAGUUUAAUUGUUCAAAUGUUCCUCCCUUUACUACUAGAAUAGGUUGAGUGAGAGACCAAGAUAAUUAUAUUCUAUAGUAUACCUUUAACAUGAAAAUACAUUCCAUUAAUACGUUUUUUUUCCAAUUCGAUAGAUAUUUUAGUUCUAAUUUGAUAUUUUUUCUAGUUCUAUUUUUUAAUAAAAGACUAUCUGGAACAAGCUAAAUCUAUAUUAUUGAUUAUAGUCCGGGCGCAAAUGUUAGGAAUAAGGCACUCCAUGGUCAUUUUAGAGUAACAGCCAUGAAAGAUGUCUCAAUUUCUUCCUUAGGUCUAGCAUAAUAAUGAUCGUGAUGAUAAGUCGAGAUCACAGGCAAACACCUCAGAAACAAGAUGGCCGCCAAAAUUUUCAAGGUUUUGCUAUAUCGCUUGUAUUUCAAUAACCGU